UUUUUUUCUUUCUUUUCCUUCCCUGCUCCGGGCUGUGCUUUCGCAGAGAGUUCGCCGUCCCUCCCCCGCCCCGCGCCGCCGGGCCGCGGCCGAGCAUGGAGAAGUACGAGGAGGACAUGGCACUGAAGGCCACCAAGUUCAUGGAGGAUCUGUCCCUCUACGAGCCCUGCCUGGAGGGUCCGUACGGCCGGGGCGGCCGCCGGGACCUGGCGCUGCACCCCGACCUGGAGGAGACCAAGCGGGUCAUCGCCGCCCACAUGUCGGCGGAGCAGCGGGGCCGGAAGAUGAACGGCACCGCCGCGCCGCCACCGCCGCCCGCCGAAGCCUUCCCCGCCGCCGCCCCCUGCGGCAAAGCCUACGCGCCCGCGGCGCCGGCCGCCCCGCUCCGCGCCGCCAACGGCCGCGCCGCCGCCGCCGAGCCGCCGCCGGCCGCGGGGCCGCCGUGCUGCGAGGAGGGGCUGUGCACCCGCUCCGAGGUGGCGCUGCCCUGCUACAGCGGCUUCGCCGACAAGGGCAAGCGCUACUCGGCCGAGGGCUACCGCUACGCCGCGGGCAGCGCCUACGAGGGCGGCUACGUGGCCAAGGGCGGCGGGCGGGCGGCCGGCGGCCCGGACGGCAAGUACGGCGCCGCCAGCCCGCGGGCCAGCCUGGCCGCCUCCUCGCCGGGCCCCGUCGCCGAGCACGGCAAGUUCUCCAGCCCGCGCUCCAGCCUGGGCGGCGCGGCCGCGCUGCCCUACGAGAAGUUCUCCAGCCCCCGCUCCAGCCUGGUGGUGCCCGGCCAGGAGAAGUACGGCAGCCCCCGCGCCAGCCUGGUGCAGUACGACGGCGCCGCCCUCAGCCCCCGCUCCAGCUACGCCAGCACGGCCAGCGACACCAGCAAGCACUCCAGCCCCCGCGCCAGCCUCACCAGCUACGACGGCGGCGGCAGCAAGCCCAGCAGCAACCGCACCAGCGGCAUCAGCAUGGGCUACGACCAGCGCCACGCCAGCCCCCGCUCCAGCACCGCCAGCCAGUACUCCUGCACCACCAGCCCCCGCUCCAGCUACUCGGACUCCAGGUACGGCCCGCCGGGCAGCGCCGAGCCGGAGGGGGCGGGCGGCGCCGGGCUCGCCCUGGCCAGCCCCCGCUCCAGCCUCUGCGGCCCCGAGGGCCGCGGCGCGGCGGGCGCCGCCGUGGUCAGCCCCCGCUCCAGCAUCUCCAGCCAGAGCUCGCGGAGCUCCCGCGGCUCCAUGAGCGCCUACCCCGAGCUGCAGCUGCCCUCGCCCCGCUCCUCCCUGCUGGGGCCCGGCCUGCAGGAGGACGGCGCCGUGCCCGAGCUGGGGGACGUCUACCACAAGAUCCAUGCCCAGUCCCCGCCGCGGCACGACCAGCAGCACCCGGCCGCCGCCCCCGAGGCGGCGCCCCCCUACGCCUACAGCCCGACCAAAGGCUCCGCUUCGGCUCCCAAAUUCAAGCUCCCCUACCAGGUGACGCCGUGCCGGGAGAGCGGCCCCAGCCAGGCGGAGAGGCGGCUGGAGGCGCUGACGCUGGAGCUGGAGAAGGAGCUGGAGAUGCACAUGAAGAAGGAGUACUUCGGUAUUUGUAUAAAAUGUGGAAAAGGUGUGUAUGGAGCGAGCCAGGCUUGCCAGGCAAUGGGUAACCUCUAUCAUACCAACUGCUUCACGUGCUGCUCUUGUGGGAGAAGACUACGAGGAAAAGCAUUCUACAAUGUCAAUGGCAAGGUGUACUGUGAAGAAGACUUCCUAUAUUCAGGUUUUCAGCAAACGGCAGACAAGUGUUUUGUUUGUGGACACCUCAUAAUGGAAAUGAUCUUACAGGCCCUUGGAAAGUCAUACCAUCCUGGCUGCUUCCGCUGUGUGGUGUGUAACGAGUGUUUGGAUGGAGUCCCCUUCACUGUAGACGUGGAGAACAAUAUUUACUGUGUCAAAGACUACCAUACGGUUUUUGCACCAAAAUGUGCUUCCUGUAACCAGCCGAUCCUACCAGCACAGGGCUCCGAGGAGACCAUUCGGGUGGUGUCAAUGGACAAAGACUACCACGUGGAGUGCUAUCACUGCGAGGAUUGUGGCUUGCAGCUCAAUGAUGAGGAAGGCCAUCGUUGUUACCCAUUAGAGGGCCACUUGCUCUGCCACGGCUGUCAUAUCAGGCGCCUUAAUAUUAAGCUGCCAUCACAUCCACCUCCGAGCUAUCCAAUGCAUGUCACAGAACUCUGAAAGACAUUUCCAUUACCAAUAAGCCGUUUGAAAGAGAAGACGAAAGAUUUAAAAAUUACUUUCCUGUUCCUUUAAAGUUGAGAUUCCAGUAAUAACCAUCUAAACCAGCUAUUUAUUUUUUAAAUCAGAGGUGAGGGGUCCUUUUCUGAUCUUGUACAUAUGCAUUCUUUUAUCUAGACAUUUUCACUGAGGCACCAUCUACUUGAACAAAUAUUUCACCACUAAACUGUAACUGUAAAUGGCAGCAUUUCAAAAAACAGUGGUACAAAGGGCUGUUCUGCAUUCCUUACUCACUUUCCUUCAGUGGAGAUUUCGCCCAAGUAAGGAGUGUAGAAUUACUUUCCAAAAGUUAGCACCUUAUCAUAUUGCAGCAAGCAUGAUAAGAUAAAUGCUAGCAUUUUAGCUAGUUCUGUUGAAUUCUGGUCUUAUAGAUUACAGUCUCACAUUUUUGAAAACUUAGAUUCCCAGAAGUAGUGAAUAGCAAGCAAACAAGUGUUUUAAGCAAUGACAGUUUUCAGCAUGGGUUAAGUAAUGGCAUUCUGUGAAGAACAGUCAGGCCAGCUUUCCAUCCUACAAGGUUCCACAGUCAUCCAAAGACUAUUUGGCUUGUUAAAGAAAUAUGGCAAGCAUCUCAAAAAAAAUAACACAUUACAGAGGAAUCUAUCUAAAAGAUUGGCACACGUAGGGUCCUAACAGUUGAAGAAAGUUACAGACCUCUGUAAUUGCUUGCUGUGUACAAAUGUAGCCAUGGUUUCAAAAUGCAUUCAUAUCUUCUUGAUGAUUUGGCACUUACUAAAGAAUUCAUCUUUUAAACCUGUUUUUUUGUUAGGGGGUAGCAGCCCCUUUCUAUGCAAAGGUACACUUGUCUUUAUACUACUUGUUUUAUACAAGACUUCAUUUGUUACCAACUGCUUUAUGAUUGUAUGUUGAUACAUUAUUAAAAAAGGAGGGGGACAGUGGUUUUUGUAUUAUCUUUUCAGCUCUGUGUUCUUUUCUAGAUGUACUUUUGAACUGAUUUACGGUGAUUGUCUUCAUUGGAAAACAAAGUACAGUUUAGCAGAAAUAAUAAUUUAGAGAGUGAGACCAUUGAAAAAUUGGUAUUUUAUAACAAGUAUUAGAUGUACAUAGAAUGUACACACUUUCAUACUUUGCAUAAGCUUUUACAGUAACCUCAGAGCUCUGGGGAAAUAUAUGUCUUCCAUAUAGGAAGUUAGAUGAAUCUUUUUUAUGGUUUGUUUUCUACCAUGUGUUGAUGAUUUACAUGCAAAUCACACAUCUGUAUGUUCAAAAAAUUCCUUGCAUUCUCAUGAGAAUUGAUCCAGCCUUCCUGAAUUUAUAUUUUAAAUAAAUCCAUCAUUGCUGUCUUUAACUGUAUCCAAAAUGACAAUAAAAUAAAAUUGUCUGCUCCAGGGGAAGUGGAAAUACCAGACCAGAUUCUCCGCAUGUGUAAAUUGGGACAUUUCCAUGCCAGUUCUCAACACAUCGAGAAUCUGCCUGAUCCAUUCAGAAAUGAUCCCAUGCUAAAUUCAGCAUGCAGACUGAUGAAAUGACUUGACUUACUUGGCAACACCAUUGCAGUUUAGUUUCUUAUGCUCCAUUGAUUUUUUUAAAGCCAUUUGUAGUGCUCUUGAAAAGUACAAAGAGCAUCCAAUGGACACUAAUUCCUAAGUGGAAUAAUUAACUCCCUUAACAGAACUUUUUGAUAGCCUGGAAUUUCCUUAUAGGGGAAGCAGGGAGGUGGGGGA